AUGUCUGUCUUUUUCAAAGACAUUAGUCCAAACAACCCAGUGCGAAGUGGCGAUGUAGAGAGGCUGCUGGCGCCGCUGGGACUCAUGAUCCCGGAAGACGAAUCAGCCGAGUACUGCACGCUGCUAGCGGCGGUGCACGACUGUGCCGAGCGGAUCAGCGCGCUGCCCGACUACCAGCCAGCGCCAGAUCUGGAGAGAUAUCCGCGCGAGAACGUGCGGGUGCCGUUGCCGGACGAGCAGGAGCACGGCCACGCCUGGGCGCAUCGUUUUCUGAUCCGCGGGCGACGAGAAGCGAGCGAGAGCAGCGUCAGGAAGCCAGCUCUGGCGGGCUGGCGGGUGUGCGUGAAGGACUGCAUUGCCGUGGCAGGCGUGCCGCAGUUCUACGGCACCGAUGCGUUUGGGCCAUGGACCCCAUCGACAGACGCGACCGUGGUGCAGCGAGUGCUGGAGGCGGGAGGCGAUAUCCACGGCACGGCGACGUGCGAGCACUUUUGCAACUCGACGAGCUCGUUUACAAGCGCCCAGGGCACCGUGGAGAACCCACACCAAAUCGGCUACUCAUCGGGCGGCAGCACAUCCGGGGGGGCUGCCCUGGUGGCCGGUGGCCAGAUGGACUUGGCUCUGGGGACAGACCAGGGUGGAAGCAUCCGCGUGCCAGCAGCUCUGUGUGGUUGUGUCGGUCUGAAGCCUACACACGGCCUAGUGCCGUUUUCCGGGAUCACGAGCGGCGACCCGGUCGACGACCAUGCUGGCCCGAUCUCCCGGACUGUCCUCGAGACGGCUGUCUGUUUGGACGUUCUGGCCGGCUACGAUGGUCUCGACGACCGCGCCCUCGGCGCACAGGUCCACGGGUCGUAUGGGUUUGCCGACACCCUUCUCCGGACAACAGCCGCUUCUGCUGGCCGUCUGGAUGGCUUCCGCAUCGGCCGUCUUGUCGAGGGCUACGACAUCGAUAUCGUGCAGCCGGGCGUUCGACAGCGCUUUCUGGACGCCACCGCCCAACUGACAGCCCUCGGCGCCGUCGUUGAGGACGUGUCCGUCCCUCUGCAUCGUCUCGGCCCCGCCGUCUGGACCCUCCAGCAGCGCAUGUCUGGUGCGGCCGGCCUUCUCGGUCGAGCCUACGGCCGUCGUGGCCUCCACCUGACCGAGUUUGAACAGGCUCGACUGCCCUGGACGGAUCUGUCUUUCGGCCGACUCUUUCCCUCUACCAAGAACACACUCAUCAACGGCCUCUAUCUCGCCGACAACUUCCCCGGCCUCUACGCCAAGACCAUGAACGUGGCCCGCCAGAUCGGUGAUGUCUACGCAGAUCAGCUGCGCUCAUUCGACGUUAUCGUCAUGCCAACCACACCAGCUGUGGCCCCGCGACAUGGCCACCGUCGUUCUGUGCUCAGCUGCUUCGAGCCCAGCAUCGGCCUGACCACCAAUACGGCCGUCUUCAAUGUCACCGGCCAGCCAGCCCUGACCAUUCCCAUUGGCUGGGCUGAGGCUGUCGAUAAUGCUGCCGUCCAGCUGCCCGUCGGCGUGCAGAUCGUAGGUGGUCUCUGGCAGGAGCACAAGAUCCUCGCCGUCGGACACGCCUGGGAGAAGAGCCUCGACUGGCGUGAGCAGGGUAGGUAG